CAUUCUUCCUCCAUUGUGCUCGCCGAAAUCCAGAUACAUACUUACAAUCGUGCAGCCCUUCCGCCUCUUCACCCACACAUCCUACUCCACCAUGUCGAACGCCAACAAAUACGAACUCCUCUACUGGCCCGGCAUCCCCGGCCGCGGCGAGUUCGUCCGCCUCGCCUUUGAAGCCACAAAGACGCCCUACCUCGACGUCUCCAACCAAGUCGAAGGCGGCAUCCGCCAGAUCCUUGCCCUCAAAGACGAAAAGGCCACAUACGACGCCGACGGCAACCCGCCCGCCCUCGCGCCGCCAGCGCUGCGGAUCCACGGCGAGGGCAAGAACGGCAAGGCGUUGGUGUUGAGCCAGACGCCCGCGAUCCUGGCCUUCCUUGGCGAGAAGCUGGACCUCGCGGGCGCCGAUGCGGCAGAAAAGGCGUGGAUCCAGGCGCUUGCGCUCACGGCGCUGGACCUGAAUAACGAGACGCACGACACGCACCACCCUGUUUCUACACUCGCGUACUAUGAGGAUCAGAAGGAGGAGUCGCUGCGCAGGGCGACGGACUUCCGGGAGAGCAGAAUUCCAAAGUUCUUUGGGUACUUUGAGCGCGUGUUGAAGGGGAACAAAGAGGGGAAGGGAAGGUACCUCGUUGGCGAUAAACUCAGCUACGCCGACUUAACGCUGUGGCAGGUGGUACACGGGCUGAAGUUUGCGUUUCCGAAGGAGUUGAAAGCGCGGGAGGAGGCGGGCGAGUUCCCGACUAUCUUCAAGACGUUUUUCCCUAGUGUGCCGGAGCAUGGGCAGCUGAAGGAGUAUCUGGACAGUGAUCGGAGGAAGCCGUAUAGCAAGGGCAUAUUCAGGCAUUACCCAGAACUAGACCGUCAAUAGAUACCACACAUAGGAUCUGAUGUAUUUCCAUGUCAAUAACGUCCGCACGAAAAACGACUGAAGUGAUCACAAGAAGUCAAUUGGAAGUGGUAUCUGAACGCCCUAAUGCGGGCCCCAUGUCAUGUCAUUUUUGAAGCCUCGUUACGAACACAUAACGCAUGCCAUGUCCGAAGCCGGUACUCCUAGCCCACGAAGAAGGCCCACAGCCCUGCUCUAACACACCGCCAACAAUCUAGUAGUCGGUGGACGCGCUCUGGGGGA